AUGUCGAACGGGGACCCCAAGUACGGCGACAUUGACUCCGAGUCUGACUCUGGCGACUCCGUCGACCAGCAUCACGAGGUUGGCGACGGCUUCGAGGAGAAGCCCCUCAAGUCUGCGCUCAAGAAGCCCGCACUCGCCGCCGAGCCCGCCGUGCAGAGACCCCCGCUGCCGCCGCAGACCGAUCCCAAAGACCUCGACGUUUCCAGCCUCUCGCCUCUGACUCCUGAGAUUAUUGCGCGUCAAGCCACCAUCAACAUCGGUACUAUCGGUCAUGUCGCCCACGGAAAGUCCACCGUGGUCAAGGCCAUCUCCGGCGUCCAAACCGUUCGUUUCAAGAACGAGCUGAUUCGAAAUAUUACCAUCAAGCUGGGCUACGCCAAUGCCAAGAUUUACAAGUGUGACAACCUCGAGUGCUCUCGGCCAGGAUGUUACCGAAGCUACAAGAGCGAAAAGGAGGUCGAUCCUCCUUGCGAGCGGGAUGGAUGCAGUGGUACCUACAGAUUGCUGAGACACGUCUCAUUCGUCGACUGCCCGGGUCACGAUAUUCUGAUGAGCACCAUGUUGUCAGGCGCCGCCGUCAUGGACGCGGCCCUUCUUCUGAUUGCGGGCAACGAAUCUUGUCCCCAGCCACAGACCUCGGAGCACUUGGCUGCCAUUGAGAUUAUGAAACUCGACAAGAUCAUUAUCCUGCAAAACAAGGUCGAUCUGAUGAGAGAAGAAGCCGCCCAGCAGCAGUACGAAUCCAUCCUCAAAUUCAUCCGAGGAACUGUUGCUGGCAAGUCACCCGUCAUCCCCAUCUCCGCCCAGCUCAAGUUCAACAUCGAUGCCGUCAACGAGGCUAUUGUCAACACCAUCCCCGUUCCUCCUAGAGACUUCACCAUGGACCCCCACAUGAUUGUCAUUCGAUCAUUCGACGUCAACAAGCCUGGUGCCGAGAUUGACGACCUCAAGGGUGGUGUCGCCGGGGGUUCCAUCCUGCACGGUGUCAUCAAGCUGGGCGACGAGAUCGAAAUACGACCGGGUAUCGUGUCCCGCGAUGAUGGCGGUGCCCUCAAGUGCACGCCCAUCUUCUCCCGAGUCGUCUCACUCAACUCCGAGGCCAACGACCUCAAGUACGCCGUUCCCGGCGGUCUCAUUGGUGUCGGCACCCGCAUCGACCCUACCCUCUGCCGAGCUGACCGUCUCGUCGGUUUCGUCCUCGGCCUCAAAGGCAGACUCCCCGAGAUCUACAGUGAAAUCGAGGUCAACUUCUACCUACUCCGCCGUCUGCUCGGUGUUCGGACCGCCGACGGCAAGCAGGCCAAGGUCGCCAAACUGACCCAAAACGAGUUCAUCAUGGUCAACAUUGGCUCCACCUCCACAGGUGCCAAGGUCGCUGCCAUCAAGAACGACGCCGCCAAGCUUGUCCUCGUCAGCCCUGCUUGCACCAACAUUGGCGAAAAGGUCGCGCUCAGCCGACGUAUCGAGAAGCACUGGCGUCUCAUCGGAUGGGCUACUAUUACUGCUGGUGUCACUCUGGAACCUAGCACAUCCUAA